AUGCCCAGCGGUCCGGAAAGAAUUAUUAUCGUCCCCCACUGCACCCUACACGAGAUAUUCAGGAGACAAAGAAAGCGAGCCCCUGAGAACGAGCGGGGCACAGAAGCGAGCACCCAUUGGCCGCCUCACCUGCCCGUCAGGAGAAACCGGGGCGCCAAGGGACGCUCAGAGGGUGGAACUCCCCUCUGGCUCGACCAAUUGGAGAGCGUGGUGGGGGCGGGGCUCGGUGGCUCAGCUUCCAGGGCCGGGGGGAAAACAAGAUGGCGGCUGCGGGAGGGGGUCCUUGCUUUUCAGCUCCCCCCCUCGCUCGCCUUCUCCUUCCCCGCCGCCGCCUUGGCUCUAGGAAACAGCUUUCGCACCGCCCCCGCCCCUCUGCCCUCGGCCCCCGCUCCGUCUGGUCCCGCUGCCGCCCCCAUUACCUCAGCCGCUGGCCCGGCCCCACCGUUCGGGGGCCCCUGGGCGCGGGCGGGCCGGCAGUCGAGCAGUCGGUUCGGCCGGGGGAGCGAAGCGCGGCCUCCUCCCGCGCUAGCCUCGGCGGCCACUGACGUGCCCCCUCCCGGCCCGCGCUGGGGCCCCAGCCCAGCCGCCGCCGCCGCUCCCGGGGGAGGAGGGGGAAUGAAGCCGCCGUCGCCGCCGCUGCCGCCACGGAGCCCGGCCGAGGGGAGGGAGGGAUCAGCCCCCAGGCAGGAUCCGCCCCUCCGGCCUCCCCCACCCCCCCGCCACCUCCACCCCUUCCCUCGCUCCCUCCCUGGCUCCGCGGGCUCUCCCGCUGAACAGGAGCGAGAGCGCGAAAGAGGGGGGGAAACGGGGGGAAAAAAUCCCCCCGCCCGUGCCCGGCGCGGCGGCAGCCGGGGCUGCGCGGAGAGGAGCGCGGAGCCGCUGCCGCCACAGGGCACUGUCCCCUGCUCGGCCUCACGGUGGCGGUGCGGACGCGGUAGGGGCGCGGAGCAAAGAAGGAUCUGCCCCGGCUUACCCCGGCCCAGCUCGCCGCGGGGCAAGCCGGGCUAGAGAGCUGGAGGACGUUCAGGUCCUAUUGGGAAAGACCGGGGUCCCUAACUCUUUAGAGUGAUCAGCCGUCCCCUCCCCCAGCCCUGCGGGAGAGGCAGCCAAGGUUUAGGGCAACAAACCCCUCCCUGGGCUUGAGGGUCCCUCCAAAGGUUAAGCCAGGGCAGACAUUGAUGUCAAAACCGGUCUGCGUCUCGGGGUGCAGGUGCCUGUACUACUCCCAGAAAGUCGCGCCCCUCCCCCAACCCCCUUGCUGCAGUCGGGAGGACAAAGGUCUAUCGAUGUCCGUACCCUCCCCCAGGGAAGACAGCCGGGGAAGACCUGCCACUGUUGGGUACAGGUGAGCGCCUGCUUCCCCCAGAGACAUCCUUCUUAAGAAACAGACCUGAUGUUUCUCAGUGUCCCAUCGUCUCCCUCCUGUGUUUAAAAAGAAAAAAACGUAAAAGUUUGACGGUCUGCUUAAGGACGUCUGGCACCUCGUUUGUAGACAAGGGAAACAGUCUCUCCUUAAGACUGAUUUGGCUAGGAAUCGGUUAACGCAAAAGCGGCUUUCUAAUUGAUAUUUGACAAAUGGCAGCUUCAGACUUUCAGAUACAAUCAGCUUGGCUUUUACUUUGGUAAAUUUUAGAAAAGCGCUCCUUUGCCACCACCACCCACUUUGCCUAUGAAUUGGAACGUUUACCUCACAUGACUGAAGUCUUAAGCACCAAUAUUUAACGAUGUUCAGAAAGUAUGUAUGGACAGACUGCCUUAAAAGUGAAGAUGAAUGACAUAUUGAAAGCGUUUCCGCUGUCCGCGCUCCUAGUACAGCUUGGACUAAACUGAUGGCACAAAGUUAUCCAUGAAAUCAGAUAGAAGGCACAAGAGUUCCUGUUGUGGCUCAGCAGGUUAAGAACCUGACAUAGUGUCUGUGAAGAUGCAGGUUCGAUCCCUGGCCUUACUCAGUGGGUUAAGGAUCUAGCGUUGCCGCAACCUGCAGCAUAAGUCACAAAUGUGACUUGGAUCUGGUUGACCACUAGCCCAGGAACUUCCAAAUGCUGCAGGUGCAUCUCUAAAAAGAGAAAAAGAAGGCAUAGGCAAGUAAGUACAUGCACAGGUAAGUCCUCCUAAACCAUACAAGAAACUUGGAACUCUUCUACUCCAACUACCUGACCAUCUGGUUACAUACUAUAAUUUUCUAGUAUUUUGGACCUAUUCUUUUGAAUUUAAUUUUUAUGGCUAAGUAAUAGAUUCAUCUGAUUUAAAAGCCAGAAGUAAAUGUUAUAGAGCAAUAAGUCUCCAUCUUGCAUUUGUCCCCUGUCUAUUCAAUUCUCUCCCGUAGGGAAUCACUGGUCUUAGUUUAUGUAUCCUUCCAGAAUUUUUUUAUGCACAAGCAACUAUUAACAUAGAUUUUUUGUUUAUUUAGUUCUUCACCUCUCCUUUUUAAUAAAAACGGGAACAUGCUGCUUUAACUGCUCAGCAUCUUAUUCUUUUCACUUACAGAAUCUUGGAGAUCUUUCCAUAUUAGUGCAUUGAAGUUAUUUUUUUUUUUUAAAUAGCUAUCCAGGAGUUUCCACUGUGGCUCAGCGGUAAUGAACCUGACUAGUAUCCAU